AUGGAGCUGGUGAUAAUUGCGGCCAAGGAAGAGGACUUUUAUCGAUAUACCACGAAGCGAUGGUUAUCAAAUGAUGCCGAAGAAGUCGCGCGGAGGUAUCGACAAUUUAACCUGCAGGAGCUUAUCCGAGUUGCCUUGCCGUGUUCCAACGCAAAGACCUGCACCCGUGUCAUGAAAUACCGAGAAGGCCAAUAUAAUAAAACUUUUCUUCUUACAUUUGACAACGGCUACGAAGCAGUUGCAAAGAUACCAAAUCCUAAUGCAGGGCCAAAGUUGUUUACAAUCGCAAGUGAAGUUGCAACUAUGGAUUACGUAGGUUUACCUGCCCCGCGGGUGUUAACCUGGAACUGCGACUCUUCGAAUCCUGUGGAAAGUGAAUACAUCAUCAUGGAAAAGGCAAAGGGAAAUGCUCUUAGCGAAAUAUGGUACCAACUCCCUCGGCCCAAGAAGUUCGAAUAUAUAAAGCAGGUCGUGCAAAUAGAAUCGAAGUUAUUGUCAGUUACCUUUCCCGAAUACGGAUGCAUAUACUAUAAGAAAGAUCUGCCGUUAAAGCAUCAGCACAAGCAUCAGACAACUCUCCAAGGAGAUUCGAUGAACAAAUUUUGCAUCGGGCCGGUCGUAGACCCGGAGCUUUGGUCUGGAGAACGCUCCAACUUAGAGCUGUCUCGGGGUCCCUGGCGUCGUCUAUCUGAUUAUGCAAUGAGCAUUGGUACAAAUGAGAGAGAAUGGGCUUCACGAUAUGCGCGGCCACGGAUAAAUUACUUUCGAAGCAACACAAACAAAGAGUCCCCACAUGGAUAUAUCGAUCUUAUUGACAAAUAUCUGGCGGUUGCCCCUUUUAUCACACAGAAUAAACCCGAUAUUGGCAAACUCUUACAGUCCAUAUUAUGGCACCAUGAUCUCCAUCUUAACAAUAUCUACAUUGAUUCAAAUUCUGAAGAAAUUACUAGCAUCAUUGAUUGGCAAGGCACAAAGGUUGCUCCUUUUGUAUUACAAGCCAGGAUACCUCGAAUGGUCCGACAUGUGAGCCCAGUUCCACUUGGGGUGAUCAUGCCACGGAAGCCUGACGGUUAUGAGACUUUAUCCAAGACAGAAAAACUCCGCGCUGAUAUACUAUACGAGAGCGCUUUGUGCCAUAAAGUUUAUGAGGUUUUCUCUCUCAAGCAUAAUCCACAGCACCAUGUUGCUCUUUGUCAUAAUGAUACCUGGAAAUCGCCCUACAUUCAACCGAUCAAAUCAGUCACUGAAGCUUGGUCAAAGAGAGAAGUUUUCACUCUCCGCUCAUCAUUGAUGAGCUUGGUAGAUCACUGGUAUGAGCUAUUUCCUGAAAGCACAUGUCCUAUCUCCUUUACCGAUGAAGAUAAAAAAUCGCACAAUGAAGAAAUGGAGAACCGUGACUAUCUCGAUCAGCUUAUGGAAGAAUAUCAAAAUGCGGGUAUCUUGCCUGCUGAUGGUGUUGUUGAUCCGGACGAUUAUGAUAUUUUACGAGAGUCAAGUUUCUUACAGAAAGAAAACCUUUUGUCCCUCGCGGAGGAUGAUGAGCAGAGAGAGUGGUUAAACAAAAUAUGGCCCUACCAGGACCGUCCGGUAGAUGCAUAG